AUGCUGUGCCAGAGGCACACACAGGUGGUGCUGGCCCUGUGCCUGCUGCUGGUCCUGUGGCAAUGUUUCCGAGCCCCCACGGAUGGCCUUGGCCCCUUCCCUUGGGCUCCAUCCCUCUUCAAUGCCCCUGCUACCCGCUGCACCGUCGGCACCAAUGGUUCUGCGUGGUUCAACGCUCGCUACAACAUGGCCAUAGGGCCUCUGCUGAUGGGCACAGCCCAUGAGCUCUCCUCCGAUGUGAUUCAGUGGUGGCUGACCCUGCAGGGUCCCCCGAGUGGCGUCCAGCUCCAGGCCAUAAUUCGGCAGCUCUUCAGUGUUCUUCCGGCCCCGACUGGUGGUGUGUGGGACCUGUCUCGCUGCAGGACUUGUGCGGUGGUAGGGAACUCGGGGCGGCUGAAGGGGUCUGGCCACGGGCUGCGAAUCGAUGCACACAACUGGGUGCUGAGGAUGAACAGAGCAAAGAUUGCUGGUUUUGAGCUAGAUGUUGGCAUGAGAACAACACAUCACUUCAUGUAUCCGGAGAGUGCAGUGAACCUCAGGCCCGGUGUCCACCUCGUCCUUGUCCCCUUCAAGCCACUGGACCUGCAGUGGGUGGCCAGUGCCUUCUCCACUGGAGAGCUCACACACACAUAUGUGAGAGUGAAACAGUUCAUCAAAGCUGACAGAAACAAGGUGCUGAUCCUGAGCCCAGCUUUCCUCAAGUACAUCCAUGACAACUGGACGCAGUGCCAUGGGCGGUACCCUUCCACUGGCUUCGCAGCCCUGCUCUUCGCCUUGCACACCUGCCAGCAGGUCUCCGUGUUUGGCUUUGGAGCAGACAGUGAAGGGAACUGGCACCACUACUGGGAGAAAAACCGCUGGUCCGGAGCCUUUCGCAGGACAAGGGUCCAUGAUGCUGACGUUGAAUUCGCUAUCAUCGAGAGACUGGCAGCUGAAGGCAGGAUUUUAUUCUAUAAAUGA